CAGUGACAUCAAUGGAUUAGGAAGAAUCUCUGAACAGCACAGAGAGGGUGAAGAUGCUCUCUGAUCACUCAAGGCUACAAUGAUUGAAGGUUUCUUCUUGCUGCUGCUACUUGUGGGUGAAAAUGGCUCCAGUUCAGAGCUACAAGAUGAUCAACAGAUGAUCAAUGAAACCACUAUCAGAGAUAAUGAAGUGGAGAAACUCUGUAAUUUUCAGGCGAUUGUACGUCACCUGAACCUGAGCAAAGACAGUCUUAAGUACACUAUGAGCCGGCCCAUUAUAAACAACAGCCAUCAUACAGAUGUGUCGCUUGAAAUGAAACUCUAUGCCAUCCUGGAUAUGAGAGAAAUUGACCAGACCUUAAUUUCUUACAUUUGGGUUUAUUUGGAAUGGACAAAUGAGUACAUUAAGUGGGACCCAAAUCAAUUCUGUGGAAUUAAGGAUAUGACAAUUCCUACUGCAUAUUUGUGGAUGCCCGAUAUAACUAUUGUAGAGAUGACAGAGAAGGAUAAAGCCUCUCCGAGUCCUUAUCUCUGCGUCAACCACGAUGGUGUGAUCGAAUACAGGAAUGACCAGGUGGUGGUGAGCACCUGCAAGCUGCACGUGUACAAAUUCCCUUUUGACUUUCAGAAGUGCAACAUAUCCUUCAAGUCUAUUAUGUACUCUGAUGCAGAAAUAAAGUUAAAGCCCGACAACAGCAAUAAAACAGUCACAGAGUGGUCUCGUGACUUUAUGCAGACACAGUAUGAGUGGCUCUUUGUCGACAUGUCAGUCACCAACAGAACUGUCAAUGAGUUUGACUUCAAUCAACUUAUGGUUGUCUACACUAUUACCAUGAAGAGGAGGUCUGUCCUCUACAUUGCUAAUUUCUUGCUGCCAGUCUUCUUCUUCUUGGUUCUGGAUUUAGCCUCCUUCCUUGUAUCAGACAGUGGAGGUGAGAAACUUGGCUUCAAAAUCACUGUGCUGCUUGCUGUCACGGUGAUGCAGCUUCUUCUCAAUGAGAUCUUGCCCAGCUCUUCAAACAGAAUUCCACUUAUAGCUGUCUACUGCAUUGGGGGGUUUUCUCUAAUGCUGCUCAGCCUCUUGGAGACAAUUUUGGUGAUGCAUCUGCUUGACAAAGACUCUGCAGCCCAAGAUAAUGAGAGAGAUGGAAUCCAAAACCUGUCGGAGAACUCUGGGGGAAAACAGGACAUAUUCAACUUUCACAGCUGUUUUAGAGACAUAAAGAGAAGUAGUCAUUGUGCCUCUGUCUCUGGGGUAUCUGCUGAGGAAACACCAUCUGUGUCUUUGUCUGUAUCAUCUCUGCCCCAAAAGGGUAGCAGCAGUAAACUGACAGAGGUGGCCUUUGCUCUGGAAAAAGUAUCAGAUGAGCUGCGGGAGACUGGGAAAACAGUGACUCUACUCAGCAGCAACAGGAAGUCUGGCUACUGGACAAGAAUGGUUAAAAAAAUCAACAAGUAUUUUGUGAUUUUUUAUUUGACAGCAGUCACUGUGUUCUUAGCGAUCAUGUUUUCAAUGUGGAUCGAUGUUGAAGACUAGCAGGACUAAAGUUUGAAAAACAAUAUUCAAUCAGUAACAUGAAUAUGAUGUAUUAGUCUCUCUUUUAUACCUGUAGUUUCCAUUGGUUACUUGUGAACUUCCUGCUUUGCCUAUAUAAAAUGUUAAAUUUUAGUUAUAAAGACCAUCACUUAAGUCUCCAUUUGGGUCCCUUUGCAUGAAUUCCAAUAUAUUUGCAUUUUAUUGGGUGAUGAACAUAAGUCCACUUUGAACUGACAUUAAUUCAUUGCUUUUAUUAGUAAAAAAAAAAAAAAAAAAAAAAGAAAGCCUAUGGACAAGCCUACAUAAUAUCAUAUUUGCAUUUUUAAACAUGCUUUUUUCACUUUAAUGUGCUGUCCCAAAGUACUGAUUUUUUCUCCCAGAUAACUGCAAUUCACAGGGUAUUUUGUCUUUUUUGAACCAUUCUCUCUACACCAAACAGAUGGCUGUGUGGGAAAAUCCCAGUGGAUCGGCAAAUUCUAAAAUAUGUAUCCAUGUGAAAAUAUGUUGUAGAAGAAAAUUUAAUUUAAGGGAUUAUUAAUUUUUUCAGUCACAAUUGUUAAAAUUAUACAACCAUAUGUAACUGAGAUAAUUGUACAUUUCAGUCUUAAUAGAGUUGUAGUUUGUCUGUAGUAAUUAUAGGCAUUUUCAAACUGGCUUUUGUUGUUGUUGUUUGUCAAUUUUUUUUGAUCAUGUAAACAAUAUACAAAGUUCAUUUGGCAAAGAAAAGAAGAGAAAAAUGCUAUACAAAAUAAAGCUAAUACAUUUCAAUAUUGCUUUAACUGUUCUGAUUCAGUUACAUAUCGAAAAGGAGUGAGAAGAAGUACACAGUUAUUUAAUCCCACCCCUUUGCC